GUCAUUUUAGAAUCAGGUAUCACAUUGGCCACAGAAAUCUUCAGCAGUGCAGUUGAACAUGUCUACUAGAGAGGAUUCGAUAGUGUGCGCACCGGCAUGCCAGGGGUUUCUAAAGAAGAGGAAAGAUAAGAUAAAGCUCAAGUGGGUUACUUACUGGUUCGAGCUUUACAACUCAACCCUUUUCUUCUACAAUAAAGAACAUGGAAGCUCUUCUGACCUCAGAGGAAAGUAUUACCUUAUUGAGGUCCAGUCCGUGCGUGAGAUGAUGUGGACUAAAAAACAAAACUAUAGUUUUGAGCUCACUAUGAAAAAUGGGAAGAGGAAAGUCUUGGCUGCAGAAACAGCAGAUCUCAGACAGCUGUGGAUGUGCCAGCUUUUGCAGGCGAUGAACCAUCGUGUGUGUAACACCACCAAGCCAAACUCUAACAGCAGUGGGACUACAUCAAAUUCCAAGUGCAGAACUACAUCCAGCCCCUGCAGUGUGUUCAGUAAUGCUCAGCCAGAGUCAAGUCAUACUCUGGUCAUGAGGCAUCACUUUGCUGAGCCUGUUUCCUAUCUAUGGUCUCCCAGUGUGCACUCUGCUGCUGUAAUACCAACUGCAUGCUCACAGAAUUACAUUGAUGUUGACUUGUCAUAUGCUGACAGCAGUCAGUGCACAGAGCAUGAAGUCAUGCAGAAGGCUGAACUCGAGAACGAUUACGAUGUCCUUCCUCCUUGCAAACCCCUACAUACUGAGGAACCCAUUUAUGAUACACCUCGAUCAAACCGGCGUGUCAGUGAGGCAGAAUAUGAAACGAUCGAAAACAUCUAUGAUGUCCCAAAGUACGCCUUUAGGAAAAUGUCAGCGAAUGAAGCCUCCUGUGCUAAAGAGCUUCCUGAGAUCUCAGGUCUCCUUCAUGAAAUGAUGACAUGUUUAGGAGGAAACUCUGCAGACUUAUUUAGAGUGACUGCUCCAGGAACCAUCUGUCAUCCUUAACACUAAAGACAUUCAGUUGAUGGACUUCAGACAUUCCUGUACAUACUAAAGAAGAAUCCUCCAUUCAGAUGGUGCCAUGUUCAUGCUGCAUAAUGAUUAGUUGCCUCGUCAAGUACUUUAAAAUAAAUAAAUGCUAUUUAUAGAGCGGAGAACUUGAGACCACCAACAAAAAGCUGUCAUUUACUGUAAGAUGCUGUUUAUAUGUUAGAAUUCCACUUUUAUACAUACUGCUCAUGUAUCUGGAUGUUAUCCACACAGAUACAUGGUUGAAGUGAUAUAGAUAAUGCUGUGUCUCAAGUAGUUCUGCUCCUCAGGAAAAGUAGCAGAAUUGUACAUAAAUAUCAUGAAUGAUUUUGACUUCAAAUAAAAACAUCUGCUUACAAA